CCCUGUCACUCGCAACCCAUUUGAAUCUGUCAAAAUUAAUAAUAUAGCUAUUUUGACAGCUACACGUUUGAUGGAUUUUUGGUAAAGUUUUUUUGGUAGACGGGAGAUUUCUGCUGAGCUCCAAAGUGACAAAUAACUGAGCCGCAAACAAAAUGGGAGCAGCACAUUCAUCAGAACCGCGUUCAGUGUCUAUGGACAAUCCAACGCCUGCCGGUGUUAUUGAUAUUUCCGAUGAUGUUGUAAAUCGUCUAAAAACAGGCAUCUCAAAACAAGCAAAAGAAAAUGCUAAAGCACAGCAGUCAUCAACACCACCCCCACCACCACCAAAACAGGAGGUGGCAAAAGCUAAACCAGUUCCACCACCACCAGCUCCAACCAUAGUAUAUCAGAAUCCACCCCCAGUGGUAUAUUCUGCUCCAGCUGGCACAACUUUCAGUGCCAGUGAUAUGCGUCGUCAGAAAGAAAUUGAAUUGCAACAAAAUGAUGCCAUGUGGAAACAACGUAUGGCCAAUUUGGAGCAAACUCUCAAAAAGACCAACGCUAUUAUGGAGAAGGAAUACUCCAGCGCUGUAGAAGAUGUACGUAAACGUUUUGCCAGUGCAUCUCCUAUUCACCAACUGCCACCAUGUCAAGAUUUGAAAGCACAAGUCAUUGCCUGUUAUCGUGCUCAUCCCGGUGAGACGCUUAAGUGUGCCGAAGAAGUGGCAGCUUUCCGUAAUUGUGUUAAUUUGAAUCGCAUUAAGAAACUCGAUGCCGAGGAGGCUGCUGAAACAGCGAAGGCUUCGGCAGCAGCUACCAAGGCCAAAGCUGCAUAACCCACACGCCUUUAGAAAAUCAACAACUUAAGGAAAAAAUAAAUAAAUGUUCCCAUUAUAAGCAAUGAAACAAUGUCGAAACAUUUGUGGAAUUAUUUUAGAAGUACUCUAGGACACGGCCUCUUACUUUAGUCCAUUUAAAAAUAGUUAAAAAAAAUACAAUACCUCCCACAAAGACAUGUUUUUGUUGUAUUAUUUAGUUACUUUUUCGUUAUUAUUUAAAAUAUAAACUUCAAUGAGUACUGUCAUUCUUGGCCGUGUGGUAAUUAAAAUACGAUCCUGCUAAAGACUUGAGUUAGACUUGAAGUGAACGAUAAUGAUUGAUAUAAUGCUACUUGAAAAGUGAUUUAUUAAAGAAUUAUUUCAAAUACAUAAUUUAUAACAGAA